CAACCCCAUUAAUCCAACUACGUGUAUUUCAGCUACUGAAGGUUAGCACAGGAGGCUUCAUCUUGUAAACGUUGGAACGACAUAUUUUCCUUCAGACGUGAACAUGGACGGACGCGGAUUUGGCUCGGGGUUCUCCAGUUGGGGUGGAGGAGCCAAAGACCCUGUGGGCGUGAAAAUGAACCAGCAGCUCCGCAUGUACCACCAGAUGGAGGGGGGCUUGCGAGGUGGCCGAAACGACAGGUUUGACCAGUACGGCUCGCGCUCCUCUGCUUUCAGCCCCCGCGACUCUCACAGACCCGGCGGCUUCGGUUACGGUGACCCCUGGGGCGACAAGGACCCGUACGGAGGCCCGGGCUACGGGGGUCCCGGGUGGGGCCCGGGACAGAGGUCCCAACCCGGAGGCGGACGCCCGGGCGGCUCCGGCUACGGCCGCUGGCAAGACUCGCCUAUGCCGAGUGGAGGCGGGCGCGGCGGGGGCCCGGUCAAGGUGCCGUUGCUUCCGGACCCCUGCAUGUACCCUGAAAGGGGCUAUCAGCCUCCAGCCUCUCAGUUUGCUGGGUACCACAUGGCCAACCGAGAGUUCAACCCCCUGAGACCCCCGAAACGGCAGCGUGACGGGCAGAGGAAGAGGAAGAAGGCUCUGGCUGCAGCCAACGCGGCUAAGAUGAGCAAGACGGAGUCCGCGGGGGACGACGACAAAGAAACGGGCGAGGAGAAGCCGGAGCAGGAGAAGCAGGAGGACAAGGAGCAUGAGGAGCAGGAGGAGACGGAGCAGGACAACGAGGAGAAGGAUGAUGGAACCAAACCUGAGGCUGAAGAAGAAGGUGCCGAUUCUUCAACUAACGAAGGGACAGGAACGGCCUCCAAAUCCAAAAAACCCAAGCGGGACGGCGACAAGCCUGGCGCCAACGGACCAAGCAGUCGCGCCAUGUCCCUGGUGACGUUCGCCUGCUCCGUCUGCAAGUUCCGCUCCGUCUACGCCGACGACAUGGCCGAGCACCUGAAGAGCAAAUUCCACAGGGAGCACUUCAGGUUCCUGGCCAGCCAGAUGACCAAACCCACCAGCGACUUCCUGCAGGCGUAUCUGACCAAUAAGUACGAGAAGGCGGAGCAGCGGGUGAAGAGGAUGGAGGAUUACAGCGGCACCGUCUGCCAGCUGAUGAAAGACAUGGACCUGAGCAGAGGUAUCGGCAUGGAGCACUUCAUGAAGAAGGUGGAGGCGCUGUACUGCGCCGCCUGCGACAUGUACGUCCCCAUGCAGUCCACCUUCAUCGACCUGCACCUCAAGUCCCCCGACCACAACUACAACCGCAAGGGAUUGCUGGAGUACUCGAAGAGGGUGGGAUGCUCCACGGCCCGGGGGAUCCUCAGCCACAAGUUCAUCAGCGGCAAGCACCAGAGCUUCCUGAAGGGUGAGAACCCCUUCGGCAGUAACCAGGACGAGCCGGACCACGAGGACUCGGCGGUGACGGAGGGCGACCAGGGCGACGCCGAGCCCAAACCCGAAGAGACUCCGGAGGAGGCCGGGCCCUCGGGCGAGGGGGGGUCGGAAUCCCUGGGGAACGGAGACGAACACGAGGAGGAGCGCGAGGAGGAGGAAGGUGGCGACGCGGAGGAGGACGACGAGGAGGAGGAGGAGGAUUUCGAAGAUGGAGACGAGGAUGAAGAUGAGGACGAUGUUUAGGACCAACUGCUGGAGUCUUACUCUGAUUAAAUUGUGAAGUUAUUCUUUUAAGGACUGUGGGCGUGGUGGUGGUUUUUUUUUUAUUGAUGUUUGUCAGACUGUUGUAGAUCCGUGGUUCCGAGCUGAAAUAAAACUAGCCAUCUGAAGUCACCAGAGCAGCUUCUUUGUUUGUCUGGAAGCUUUUUAUGUUCUUAUAAAUCCAGUAUAAAUUUACAUUACAGGUGAGAAGUGAGCUAUAUCGCCUGGCCACUAGAGGGUGCUGUUGUGUUCUGUCAUAAAUAAAUAGCUACGAUUAGCGCUCAUCACUGUCUAUGUAGCCUAACCAGGGUUAAUGUGCCUGAUCCCGCCGAGUCCAAGCUAGUGCCCCCACACGCCUCCUCAGGCAACGAUCAGCGUACAGAGAUACACAAAUUGCAAUAUUCUGACCAGCCACUAGGAGUCGCUGUUGUAUUGGCAAGAAGAUUUAAUCCACAUCCACGGUGAUGGUAGCUCAGUGGUGAAGGUACUGGACUAGUGAUCGAAAGGUCUCUGAUUUAAGCCCCACAUCUGCCAGACUGCCACUGUUGGGCCCUUAGGCAAGGCCCUUAACCCUCAACUGCUUGGAUUUUGUACGGGCCCAGUACUGUAAGUCGCUCAUGUAUUAGACUUUUUUAUGAGGGGAAAAUCAAAGAUGGGUGUAAAUUUCUUUCCCGCUCAACGAUGAACCUGUUUGGUGUCCCCACCAGGAACCUGAUUCCAUGAACGCAUCUGAAAAUAAGUUCCUCACCUACGAGAUUUAUAGGUUCAGCUUCCAUCUGGGGGAAAGUUCGUCCAAAAAUGGGCUAUGAACAGCACUGCGCUCAGGCCACGCCCACCGUCCUCAUAAACCCCGCCCCUUCUAAGUUAGGCUUACUGUUUGAUUUGGUUACUUCGAUGGUGUUCCAAACCGAAGCCACGUAUCGUGUAACUCGUUCCAGAGAGGCCACGUCAGGCUACAACAAAUGUGUAAAUACAGAUGAUGGAAAACUGCACCGACUUUCUUUGUUCUUUUAUUUUCAAUUCCGGUUCUUUAGUUCUUUAGUGUGAUUUGAUUAUGUUUCAGUGUUUUUUUUAAUCUUUUAAGCUACUUUUAUGAUGCUGUGAACUUGUAACUGUACUCGAGUCCCUAAAGGGUCGGACUGAGCGUCUCCAAUCCUGCAAGAACUACAACUCGAGUACAGAACACGGAUUAUCCGACGUUUCUGUUAUGGACCUAUGAUUUCACAAAGACUUCCGGUUUCUACUGAUGCGUCUCAUGGUUUGAUCUCACGUCAUUUCAUUAAAACCAGAUCUCUAAUGUUUAAUAAACGCUCAGUACUUCAA